ACAAAAGCUACUGUAUGGAUUUCUGCAUUCUCUAAUUGGGCAACGGUUCCGCACGAAAAUAACGGUGGCAGGGACGAUAAACGAUGCUAUAAUGGUGUGGCGGCCUGGCGGAAUAGCGGCGGCGAGGCGUAUUGGAAAGCGCCAAAAUAA